AUGUAUUUUAUCAUUUUAACAAUUUUUAUCGCUUUGGUUUGCGCAAAUGAUGUGCAUGAAAAUCAUUCAAAAGAUACAGACUUCGAAAAUCUGAAACGUCAGGUGGAGCGACUGUCAGUACUUCGACAAGAAGAUCACAAGGAGAUCCAGCGUUUGGAAAGUUUAUAUAUCAGUGAACGUAAAGAACGUCUUGCUUUGGGAAAGUCACUUGCUGAACUUCAGCUUUCCCAAAACGCCAGCACCUUAGCCAGGGAUACACGAUCAGGACCUCUAGUGUUCGCUUUCCACGCAAUUCUUUCCCGCGAUUUUAAUUCAACUCAAGACAAGCAAAUAUUACUAUUUGACACCGUGACAGCCGAUUUUCCGACAUUUCACAGUCACUACAACGUAUCAGAAGGGAAAUACAAAUGUCGCUUGGAAGGAAUCUAUCACUUUACUUGGACAAUUGGUCCAACUGGACCCGGAUCCGUUGCCCAAACGUCCCUAGUGAAGAAUGGCGAUUUUAUGGGUAUGAUGGUUGCUUAUGACAGCUACUCUUCAUCCGCUGCCACAGUAAUCAUGCAUUUGGACAUAAAUGAUUCAGUGUGGGUCGAGGUAGCAACUCGCGGUUCAUCGGUGUUGAGAGAUGUUAGUACGUUUUCUGCUUUUAGGCUGGCCGACUAA